UAUUUGGAUUUUGCUGUCGUCUUACAUCUGUCUAACACAGAGAAACGUCAAAACAAUAUUCUCUCAAUUUUGUUUUACCAUUUUUUCUUAUUGGUAUUGAAGUCAACAACUAUCUUAUUAUGUGUAUUUUAGUUAAAUUUUAAACAAAGAAAAUUUAGUGAUGGCAUAUUAAUUACAUUUGGAAACUAGAUCAAGCCCUCUUUGUUAUUUUUGGUGUACUAUUUUUGUCCGCUCCACAUUCGCUGAUUCGGUGCAUUGAAAUAUAUUUUGACGUCUAGGAAAGAAUGUCUUCCUACAAGUUAUUACCCUGUACCAUUACAAUUUUGUGAUGGUGAUGAGUUCCGUGGGCAUGGGUGACGCGGUGCUAAGGGAGCGUCUACCGGCGUUAUGGCGGCGCAUCGAAGACGCGCACUACAGCUACCUCGAAAUAGACGACAGCCCGGAAAAGUUGCAACAGAAAAAGAAGCUGGAAGGAUAUAUCCUCGAAUAUCUCACACUUGUGCCCCACGAGUGUAAAUUCGGUUUGGCGGAGACGGGCAAAGUGUUCCAGCGUACGAUUAAUGAGUUACCGGACUACAGUGCUUAUAGAGCGGGUAUAGGCUGGGCGGCCAUCGCUCGGUAUGCUGGGAACCUUCUUGCACAACCCUGGAGGAAGGAGUACAAAGUUAUACGAUUGUAUUCGGGCUUCUACAAACACGAAGUGGAAGCUAACAUGGUGGGCGCGGAGACCAUGCUUCAAGCGAUGGGGUACCGGGCGAUAGGCGCAGGCCGACUCGCUCUAGACGGACCCAUUUGUCCUGAUAUGGCCGCAGCCAUAUCGCGGGAUGCUAUUAUCGCGCACUGCGAGUGUCAGAUCAUGUGCCAGGUGUGGGAGCGCGUGUGGGGCGGCGGCGCGCGCGUGUCGUGGGCGGACGUGGCGCGCGAGCGGGCCCGUUUAUUUAGUUAUUUAAUUAAUAAAAUAUAUUUUUUUUCAGAUGGCGACAUUUAUUCAAACGUACCAAUGACGGUAUCAGAUCCUCAUCGAAGGAUUAUUGAACCUCAAUAUUCAGUGACAUCACAGUGCAAUUGUUCUGAAACAUUGGAAGAGCCUGUCCAGCCUGUAAUAAAUCCCUAUAUGAUGCCGAGCAUGGUUCCAUCACAUAUGAUGUAUCCCAUGCCACACAUAAACCCUGAGAUACCAGUAACAGCACCUCAAUGUAAUCCUGUCUCUAUGAUGACCCCUUAUGGGGCAGUACCUUAUUACUACCCAGUUCAAGCCCCAUAUAUGAUACCGACGCCAGUUUAUGCACCAAUAAAACAUGCAACAACAGUACCGGUAAAUGGAUAUCCAAUGCCACAAUAUAGGUACCCAACUGUACCAACAGCACAGCUAAUAGAAUUGGAAACGCCGUCUGUGUAUGAAAAUGGGAAGUUCGAACGACAUCCAGAAGAAAGGAGCCAUAGAAAGAAUAGGCAGGCGGAAGGAUCUAAACGUACAUCAAGAUCAGGCUUUAGUGAUGUUUCAUUACCAAGUUUACCUCGGUCAGACACUCAACCGACUUUAAGUAAAGCUAAAGAAGAUGGUAUGGGUACGUACGAAAGUUGGGACUACGUUUUCAGAAAUCUAUCGAGUAAAAACCAAGACGGAGAUAGUAGAAGUGGAUUUUCACAAUCAUUAGAUCGGGAUUCCAGAACACUCGAUAGGUUAGACCGAGACGAGAGGCGGUCGAAAUAUCAACCUACGACACUUGAUUUAGAAGACGGUCUUCAAGCGUUACAUCUCGAUAGAUCCUAUGACGAAGAUGUCUAUAGAACAGCAAAAGUUAAUGAAAACUUGAUGCGAUUAAAACAGGAACAGGAACAAAAAAGAGCGAGGCAGUUGGCGAAGAAACAAAUAGAAGAGAAGAAACAAAUAGAAGAGAAGAAACCUAAGAAAACUUUAGAACCAAUCGGAAAUCCUAAAGCAGAUGGUCUAGUCACACAAAAAACUGCUCCGGAUAAAGUCAAGCUAUUGACUAAGAAGGAGAUCAAAGACAGGAAAGAUGUAAUUAAGCAGCAGAGUUCUGUAAAUGGUACGGCAUCAACUACGGCUGAGGUUAAAAAGGUUAAGAAGCCUACGAGAUUAGUCGCGGUUGAAGUUGACAAAACGAAAACGAAACCGGUAGAAAAUGGAGUGCACAAAACGACACAUAGCUCUAAAACUACUGGACCAUCCAGCAGUCAAUCGAAUUACAAUUUAAAAGCGCAACUAGUCGUCUCACUCGACGAGCCCGACUUCACCCGCCGAUCGCCCCCCAAACAGAAUGGCGAACGGGAAAGAUCUUCGAGCCGAGCAAGCAACGAGAGGGAGAGAGACAGCGAACUAAAGAAAGAUAAGUGGCAGUGCGGUACUUGCACUUAUUUGAAUAAAAACUCCUUAGUUGCGUGCGAGAUGUGCGGGAAAUCGAAAAGGGGACCGGAAAUCGAACCUCUUACUUCCGGUGGCAGGGAAUGCCCCGCCUGCACGUUGGUCAACAAGAGGGACGCAAGAGCGUGUGAUGCGUGUGGAACUAGCCUAGAACAUUGCCCCACCUAUAUUUAAACUAGAGCUAGAGAUGGGCGACAAGUUGUGAUAGACUUAACU